GCUGGCCUAGUUGACAUGAAGAGAUCAAGACCUUUUCAACUGUGGAGCAUGUCCCACUAUUUCCACAUCACGAAUUCACUUGCUACAGCUCACUCUGUUUAUUCCCGAUGAGACGGUCCUCCGGGGCUCUCUCUCUUAGUGAAAAAUACAUCCAGACUAUAAAUUUUAAGAAGCAGACUGACGACUGCUGUGCUCUCUUGCCACAAAGCAUCACUGUCAUUUUUGUCCUGUGUUGCUUUCCAGGUCAGCCCCUCAACGUUGUUUGCAAAGCUUUUUUCGGCUUCAGCGGUGAGUCAGGCCCGAUGAUCUACUGGACACGAGGGGAGAAAUUUAUCGAAGAGCUGGAAAAUCACAUUAAAGAAGGUGAAAUCAGACUCCUCAAAGAGCACCUUGGAGAAAAAAUUGUGGAGUUAACCUUAAUCUUUGACAUUGUGAAAGAAGCAGACCUGGCCAAUUACACAUGCCAUGUCGAAAACAGAAAUGGGAAGAAACAGGCGAGCAUCAUUCUGAGAAAGCGAGAUCUGAUCUCCAGAAUUGAACUUGCUGGAGGUUUGGGAGCUAUAUUUCUCUUAUUGGUUAUACUUGUAACCAUCUAUAAGUGCUACAAUAUAGAGCUGAUGCUAUGCUACAGACAGAUGUUUGGAGGCGAUGAAACCAUGGAUGACAACAAAGAAUAUGAUGCCUAUCUAUCAUAUACAAAAGUUGAUCCCGAGACAUUAGAUCGUGACAACCGGGAAGAAGAACAAUUUGUCCUUGAAAUCUUGCCAGAUGUUCUGGAGAAGCAAUAUGGAUAUAAGCUCUUCAUUCCAGACCGGGACCUGAUCCCUACUGGGACCUAUCUAGACGAUCUCGCCCGAUGUGUAGAACAAAGCCGCCGGCUCCUGAUUGUCCUGACGCCGGAUUAUGUACUCAGACGAGGGUGGAGUAUUUUUGAAAUGGAAAACAGACUCCAUAACAUGCUCCUGAGCGGAGAAAUCAAAGUCAUCUUCAUCGAAUGCCCCCAGCUGAAAGGGAAAGUCAACUACCAAGAAGUGGAAUCUUUAAAGCACAGCAUCAAACUCUUCUCGGUCAUCCCAUGGAAAGGACCCCAGUGUAACAAACUGAAUUCUAAAUUCUGGAAACAUUUGCUCUACGAGAUGCCGGUAAAGAAGAAAGAAGUUCUCUCACGGCGCCAAGUCCUGGAUUCUGCAGAACAGGGUCUCUUUGGGGAUUUGCAAACAGUGCCUUCCAUUGCAGUGACGGAUACUUCUGCUACUUUAGUUUCCUCUCAGGCAGAUUUGGGAGACUACCAGCUCACCAAUACAGCACAGAUGAGACAUUACUGUAGAGGUUACGAAUACAACAUGCAGUCCGCCACCUUGCCACUCACUGCCCUAAGCAGCAACCACCACACUUACUGUAAUCUACCGCUGACGCUUCUCAACGGGCAGUUACCACUGAACAGCAGCGUGAAGGAUGUCCAAGAUUUCCAUAGAAACCCUUCUUUACUCCCCUUGUCAACGAGGGAACUCAGUUUCACCAGCGACAUAUGGUAGCAAAGAUCUAGACUGCUUUAGGCCAGCUUUGCAAUGAGCCAGAAUUCCUUAAAAACAAAACAAAACAAAACAAAAAAACUUUAAAACCCACGUCAUCAGGUGCCAAACACUUUUUGCCAAGUCACAAAGUAACUCGCUUUUUAUACUUGAACCUCUCUUUGUUUACAUUUACAAAAUUAUUAACAAGGGGGAAGCCUACUUUUUUAGCCAGCUUCUAAGUUUCCUGUCUUUUAAUGUACAGAGUUAUUUGUUCUUUAUUAGAAAGAAAGA